AUGAAAAAUAUUAUCCUACAAUAUUAUAAGUGUUUUUUCUCUGCUGGAACCCCGGGAACUGAGGAGGAUUUCUUUGAGGGAAUUGUCCCGCGAAUCACGCAGGCACAGAAUGAGUUUUUGUUACGUCCAUUUGAGCUGGAUGAGGUUAAGAGUGCACUGUUUGCGAUGUUCCCGGACAAGGCACCAGGUCCGGAUGGAAUGAAUUCAGGUUUUUACCAACAUAUUUGGGAUGUGGUUGGGGGUGAUGUGGCGAGCUUUAUAAUUAAUUGUGUUGAGUCCUGUGAUUUCCCGCCUGGGUUGACUGAGACUAAUAUUUUUCUAAUCCCUAAGAAGAAAACCCCGGAGUAUGUCACUGAUUUGCGGCCUAUAGCCCUCAGUAAUGUGGUCUAUAGAGUUAUGGCAAAAAUGCUGGCUAAUAGAAUGAAGCCGUUAAUGGAAGGAGUAAUAUCUGAGUCACAAAGCGCAUUUAUCCCGGAUAGAUUAAUAACGGAUAAUAUACUAUUAGCUGCAGAGGUGGGGCAUUUUCUGAAUAGGAAACAAUGUGGAGUGGGGGGAUGGAGUGUCCUUAAACUAGACAUGGCGAAAGCAUAUGAUCGGGUAGAAUGGCCCUUCUUACGAAGGAUGAUGUUGGCGCUGGGAUUUCAUGCUGGUUGGGUGGAGUUGAUUAUGAAGUGUGUGACCUCUGUCUCAUAUAAUAUUCAGGCCAAGGCGGAGGAAGCAACUGAGGUUAAAAGGUGUCUAUCUAUUUAUGAGAAUUUAUCCGGGCAGGCAGUAAAUUAUCACAAAUCAAAUAUAUGUUAUAGCAGAAAUACUAGUGAUGAGGAUAGACAAAUUGUGGCUCAGAUUUUGGGUGUGGCACAUGCACCGAAUUAUGGCAAAUAUUUGGGACUCCCCUCUUUUAUUGGAAGGCACAAGAAAGCAGUUUUUGCGUAUGUGGAGGAUAAAAUCCGUCAAAGGAUUGGAUCAUGGAAUAAAAAACUGCUAUCACAGGCAGGGAAGGAAAUUCUUUUGAAAACUGUAGCACAAUCUAUGCCUACGUUUUCAAUGAGUGUUUUCUUGUUACCUGUAUCAGUGUGUACGACGAUAGAAAUGACGAUGAAUCGCUACUGGUGGGAUUCUGGAACUGACAGGCGAAUACACUGGAAGGCAUGGGAUAAUUUAUGUGUACCAAAGAAAUAUGGUGGGCUAGGAUUUAAAGAUUUGCGAGCAUUUAAUCUAGCAAUGCUAGGAAAGCAGGCGUGGAGAAUGUUGACUAAGUCUGACUCUCUUGUGGCACGUGUGUAUAAGGCCCGGUAUUUUCCGAGAGGAUCGUUCUUUGAUGCACAGGUGGGAAAUAAUCUCAGUUUCUACUGGCGGAGUAUCAUGGCAGCAAAGAGUAUUAUUUGUGGUGGGGUCAGGCGCAGAAUUGGUAAUGGGGAGUCUACAUUCAUAUGGACCCACCCAUGGCUACGAAGGGACCACGACCCAAUGAUACAAACAGAAAUACCAAUACAGUUGAAGGAAGCCAAGGUGGCAGGUUUGAUAGAUCAGCAAACUGGUGUCUGGGAUCCCUCAAUCUUAAUUGAUUUAUUUCAACCUAGUGAUGUGGCGGAAAUUGUGAAAAUACCCAUCUCCCCGGAAUAUAAUGAUACUUGGUACUAG